CGCGCGCCAGCCUCCUUCCAAUUGACCAACUCUCUGUGAUUGCCCUUGUAGCUUGUCUAUUCCAGCAGCAAGCAUGAGUGCAGGACUCUUUGGUGUUAAAGAGCUUGCCGACUACGAGCAUCUUCAGGAACAGCUGAUUGACUUUUUGCAGCACUUCAAAGGCAAAGCAGCUGUGGAGGACGCCGCAGGGGCUCUCGAUGGUGAUGAAGACAUGGACAUGGGCGCGGACAAGCUCAAGUACAUGGAAUUGUUGCAGAAAGUAUCAAAUCGCGAAACGACGACUGUUGUGCUUGAAUUGGACGACCUCAAAGACUAUCACGAAGACCGUGCUCUCCUCAACAAUAUUCUAAACAACACAAAGACGUAUACCAAUUUGGUAUGCCAAGCCAUUGACAAGACGAUGCCAUUGCCGACUAUCGACCUUGGUGAUAAUGAAGAGGUCAUGGAUGUCAUUAUGCAUCAACGCCGUAACCGCAAUGCAGCGCUCCAGGCGGAAUCGAACGAUCCAACGGCAGAAGCGCUAGACCUGUUCCCACCCGAAUUGACCCGUCGCUACAACCUAUACAUCAAGCCUCUUUCACAGGACUAUCUUGGACACGGUCGAGCUUUUGCUGUGCGCGACAUCCGCGGCGAGCAUCUCGGACGUCUGAUUACCGUUCGAGGCAUCGCAACACGCGUAUCAGACGUCAAACCCUCGUGCCAAGUCAAUGCGUACACCUGCGAUCGCUGCGGCAGCGAAGUCUUCCAGGAAAUUCAAGGCAAGCAGUUCAUGCCCUUGGUCGAAUGCACAUCGCGCGAGUGUGUGACGAACGAUGCAAAAGGCCAAUUGCACCCAUCUACCAGAGCGUCCAAAUUCAUGCCGUUUCAGGAAGUCAAGAUCCAGGAGCUGACGAAUCAAGUGCCUGUUGGGCAUAUCCCACGAUCGCUGACUAUACAUCUCAAUGGCAACAUAACUCGCAGCAUUAACCCUGGCGACAUUGUUGAUGCGGCUGGCAUCUUCCUCCCAACACCUUACACUGGAUUUCGCGGCAUGCGCGCCGGUCUCCUGACAGACACCUAUCUGGAGGGCCACUACAUCAAGCAGCACAAAAAGCAGUACACCAGUGUCGACACCACGCCAGAAACGAUGGCCAUGAUCCAGGAGUUGCAGGACUCUGGAUCGGUCUACGAGAGAUUAUCGAAGUCCAUUGCGCCUGAAAUUUACGGACACGACGAUGUGAAGAAGGCUCUCCUCUUACUUUUGGUAGGAGGUGUAACCAAGGAAAUGGGUGAUGGAAUGAAGAUUCGUGGAGACAUCAAUGUAUGCCUCAUGGGAGAUCCCGGUGUUGCCAAGUCGCAGCUCCUCAAAUACAUCACCAAGGUUGCUCCGCGAGGAGUGUAUACUACGGGACGCGGUUCGUCUGGUGUCGGUUUGACGGCAGCGGUAAUGCGAGAUCCCGUCACUGAUGAAAUGAUUCUGGAGGGUGGUGCCUUGGUCCUCGCCGACAAUGGCAUUUGCUGCAUCGAUGAAUUCGACAAGAUGGACGACUCGGACAGAACAGCGAUUCACGAAGUCAUGGAACAGCAGACCAUAUCAAUUUCCAAAGCAGGUAUCACGACGACUCUCAAUGCACGUACCUCGAUUCUCGCUGCAGCCAACCCUCUCUACGGGCGGUACAACCCCAAGAUCUCGCCUGUCGAGAAUAUUAACCUCCCAGCAGCUCUCUUGUCGCGAUUUGACAUCCUGUUCUUGAUUCUAGACACGCCUGCUCGAGAUGAGGAUGAGCGAUUGGCUCAACACGUCGCUUUCGUGCACAUGAACAACCGGCAUCCUACCAUGAACUUCGAACCGUUGGAGCCAGCCAUGAUACGCAGUUUCAUCGCUGCGGCUCGUCAAAAACGGCCUACUGUCCCGAAACAAGUCAGUGACUACGUCGUGGGAGCUUACGUCAAUCUCAGACAAACGCAGAAGCGGGAAGAAGGAAGCAAGCGGCAAUUCACUCACACGACGCCGAGAACCCUGCUCGCAGUCCUUCGCAUGGCUCAAGCUCUCGCGCGCCUGCGUUUUGCAGAUGUGGUCGAGAUUGGCGAUGUCGAUGAAGCUCUUCGGCUCAUCGCUGUAUCCAAGUCCUCACUGUACGAUGACGAAUCGCGCGAUGUGGAUUCGACCUCUUCUAGCAAGAUUUACAAGAUUGUGCGCGAUCUGGCCAAUGGUGAUGGACACGACUUCAUCUCUGAGUGGGCACUGCGAACUAUUCGUGAUCGGGUUCUGGCAAAGGGAUUCACGGAGGACCAACUGUCUGAGACAUUGAGCGUUUAUGAGGAUCUGGGCAUAUGGAUCGUAGACGGUGCGAAGCUUCAAUUCCUUGAUGAGGAGGGAGCUGCAGCUGGCGAUGAUAGCGAUAUGGUCAGGUGAGCAAUCGUAGUUCUGUAAGUACUUUCUCCUUUAAAUGCUGCGCGG